GUUUUUAUGUUUAUAUUUUUUGUCCUUGUUUACAAAAUCUUGUGAAAAAUAAAAAUGGAGAAGGAUGACGAGUUUUUGCACACAUACUUUACGCACGUAUCCCAAUUGUGCUUCGAUAGGGCCAAAGAACAUGUCGAAAAAGAAAAAGAACCAAAGAGCCCAGCAUCCACCUGGAGCAAUUUUCUUAACCUUUUACAACAACUUGCAUUAGCUGAGAAAAGUUACAUUGACAUUGGAUUCUUACAAACUAAACACAAGAGUUUUUUAAGAAAAGAUAAUUCUCUAAGAUCAGUCUAUGAAUCUCUUAAAAACGACCUGAAAAAAAUCGAGGACAGUUGCAGAACAAGUAUAUUGGACAAAAGAGUGCAAAAUUACUGUAAAAACAUUUCACAAUUCAUCAGUGCCAGAAUUAACCUCAUAGACCUUUAUGAAAAGAUUUACAAUAUGGGAGUGAACAGACAAUUAAAGUACACUGAAAUCCUUACAAACAUACAAGAACUGAUGGAAAAAUAUUGUCUGGAAUUCACAGACAUUGCCUUAAUACCUGCCAAGGCUGUCUUCACUUUGGAAUGUGAAAUCCUGGAACAGUUGUUCAAAGCAUUGACUGAACUCCAAAGGUUGCAGUUUCUGCCUUCACUAGCAUUAGUGCAUGGAGCACACACAAGACUGGCUGCAUGGGAAAGCAAAAUGCAAUGCAGGGAAUCAUGGAAGAAACUGGGGCUGGUUUUCAAGAACAAUGCUUUGCCUAGCUUGUUUCAGUGGUUGCAGAAACUAAAAGGGACAGUCCUUAGUAAAUUCAGUCUGUAUUUUCAUGACACACUGGCACAACAGACUACUCCAGUGGAUAUGAGGCAGUUAUGUUCAAAACUGUUGCAUGAUCAUUAUCAAAAGAUGGUUACUUUUCAAAGGAAAUAUGAUGCAGCCUGUGUUAUUUUACUGUCAGACAAUCAAGUUAGUUGUGAUACCACUGAUUAUGACAGUUUUCCAAUAAUUGUCUCUUACCCACCAAGGAGUCCCCCACAGUUGGAAACCAUUUUAAAGAUAAUUUCAGACUCAACUGAAGAGUUAAUGAACAUUGACAAAAUAAUUUAUGAGUUCAGCCCACAGGGGCAGUGUACCUAUAUUUUAUCAACAGUUGAGCCAAAUAUUUAUGUUGUGAUAUUGUUUGAAAGCAAGAAAACUGAAAAAGAUACUUAUAUUAGCAAUUUUAUAUCAGAACUGUGUUUAAAUUUAAGAUGUACAAAGGUUUUUACUAGUUUAAAAAAUACUGGAAAAUGAUUUUAUAUUAAAUGUAUUUGUAAUAUAUAAAUUUUAUUA